AUGGAGGGUCCUUCUGUAGCGGUUCUCUGCGAUGAAACGGGAACCUAUCUCCUGCAGGUUUGGCUCUAUUUGUUGGCCCGUGACCUGUUGCACUUGUCCUCCUCCAGCCGUAGCUUGCGUGUCCUGGGCCUCCAGCUGCUACCGCAGCGCCUCAGGGUGGCGCCCGUGGCGCCCUUCGCCUUGCUGAGUCGGGCAGAGAAAGCGGAGGUGUUGCGCUUCCUGCCGGUGAUGGAGGAGGCCAAGCUCUUCGAAAACUUCGCCCAUUGGGAUCCUGGCACCCUGCUGGAUGACGUGCAUCAGAAGGUGCUGCCACUGAGCGGCGAAGGCACCUGGUGCCUGGGCCCAGGCACUGAGGUGCCACCACGGCUGAUGCGGGUGGACCCGUUGACGGACUACGCCCCCAGUGGCUUGGUCUACACGCUGCGUGGCCGGUGCCGUCCCCGGCUGGUGGCCUAUCGCUGCAAGGCCUCCGCCUUCCGGCCGCACCGCGCAGGCGCCGUUCUGGCGCUGGCGCAUGGCCUGGGGAACGACAAGGGACCCGAGCGGCCCGCGGUGCUGAUGAGCUUCGUGAGGGAUGGGAAUAGCAGGGAGAUCUUGGGAGCCAAGUCCUGGUCCAGCGAACCCUUGGCAGCUUGGAGGGAGGAUGGGGAGUGGCUCACAUUGAUUUUAAAGCUCGAUUGGGAGAAACGUGCUGUGGAGAUCAGGGUGGAGGGGGAGGACCAGCUGGUUCAGAAGCAGAUGCCCUUUGCAAAUCCCGAGUGUGAUGCUGUGAAGUACCUGCUGCUCUACAAUCACACGGGCCAUGCGCUCAGUUGCGGUGAUUUCAUCGCUUAUUGGACCGACCUGUUGCCCAUGCAGACGGGCUUGGGCGAGGCCACGUUGCUGUCCUCUGUGCUGCGGCUUCGCGAUUCCACCCUGUUCCUCCUGAAGCCAUCGCAUCCUGCGGCGCAAGCCUGGGGAGAAGCCCUGAAGCUCCCGGAGUACUUGCGGCCGAUCCAACUCACCGGGCCCACGGUGAGCUUGGGCAGUGCUAAUGCAUCCUCCCCGCCUCAUCAGCACCCGGAGAACUGGUUCGCCCAGCUGUCCGGAGCUAAAGCCUGGGUCGGGACCUUGGGGGCAGGGUCCGCGAUGCCGCGGGAGGACACCAUGACCUCCUUCGGGCGGAUCAAGGAUGAAGUGAACGUGCGCCUGCCGCAGUGCAUCGAGGAGGUCCUAGGCCCGGUGAAGGAGUACAAUCCCAAGCAGGUGGAGGAAUGGUGCAACUCGCUGGGUGCUGCCGUUCUGGAAAAGGUCCAAGAACUCAGUGGGAACUUCAAGUAUAUUGUGAAUAUCAGUUUGAUGGAAAAGAAGGGCGCCGGUUUUCACACCAGCAGCAGCACCUUCUGGGACCCCGAGUCCGAUGCGGGCACCAGCUACCGCUGGGAGAACAAGGCGCUGAUCUGCGUGGUCCAGGUCUUUGGCAUCGGCAUGUGAGCGCUAGGGCACCGCCUUGGGCCGCUAGUUGGGCUUGAGAGGUGGUGGAAAAUGCCAGGCUUUCGAGAUUUGAACGGUUACACAGAGAGAGAGAGAGAGA